AUGCGCUCCGCAGCGGUGGUCGGACAGCAGGGCGGGCAGCCGGUUGAGGGCCAUCAUCUUCACCGCUCGACGAGUCCGGCGACUGCACAAGGCGCCCGACCGACCAGCGUCACAGCGCAGCUGGCCGACGACCUCCUGCGCUCCGCAGCGGUGGUCAGACAGCAGGGCGGGCAGGCUGGGGCGGGCCAGCAUCCCCACACCGCGACGAGUCCGGCGAGUGCCAGUAACGCGCGACCGGGUGGCAUUACGGGGCAGCUGGGCGACGAGACUUUCCGCCCCGAGCAGCAAGCGUCUGGCGUGCUACCCAGUGGCGUGGCCGAUGCAGGCAUAUCGGUGAUUGUGUCGGCGACGGCACCAGCGCCGCACAAAGCGGAACACCCCGAAAAUUCCGCCGACGCCCAGCAACCAGCAAGGAGCAGAGGCAGGGCAUGUCACGGCGGUGACUGCAGGGCCGGGCAGCGCAAAGGAGGAGAUGGCUAUGUGGGGAGAGGAGGACGAGGCUGCCGGGGUGGAACCGACAUCCUUGCCAGCGUCGUGAUGCCGGACCCUGAAAUCGACGUCCUGCGGGAGAAACUAAAGUUAGCGGCACCAGCUCCCAAUGUGGAAGCGCAACAAGGUGCACCACCUGCCUCGUCUGCACCUGCGGAGGACCCUACCGCGACUAGCGCCAAAUCCCUCCCGGCCACAACCGGUGAGGUCGGCGGCGGGAAGCAGAAGCGCAAGGGCAAGGCGAAGGCCGGUUCUUCUAAGGGGUCGGCCAAGAUGGCUACGCAGGGUCGGAAGGGUUCAGGCGUCCGCGUUGACAAGGAGACGGGGCUGGCCAUGCCGGAGAUGAAGUUUGGCAAGAAGAGCCGUUACAUUUGCCGAUCGAUGGACAAGACGGAGGCCGCCUACUGCAUCGCAGUCGCCGUGUCAGCGUUCGACGGCUACGUGAGCGACGUGAUUCUCGGCGAGUUCGGUGGUGUCAAGGAGGAUGUGAUGAAGCAGUAUAGGUCGGACUGA